AUGGCAUCUAUAACACCAAGAAGGUCAGGCCCUGCUCCUGGAAUACUAUCGAAAUCCCCAUCUUUGUCGUCAACGACAACAGGAACUCCAACAACUACAACAACAACUUCAUCUUCCACUUCAGUUCCUAUAAUUUCUCCAAAUAACAAAUUUGUCAUUCGAUUAUUACCUCCAUCAUUAACUGAAUCUGAAUUUCUAAACCAAUUAGCAACAUAUUAUCCUUAUCAUGCUAGUAAGAUUUGUCAAUUCUAUUAUAUUCAAGGACAUUAUCCAAAAACUAAUUUUGAAGUCCCCAUUUAUUCUCGAGCUUAUGUUAAUUUUUCCAAUCAACAUGAUAGUUUAGAAUUUUUGAAUUUUUUAAAAGAGAAACCAUUUGAAAACGAAUUUGAUUCAAUAAUUCCUGUGAUUGAAAAGGCUUUAUUUCAUAAAAUGGUCGAUACUAGUGCCAACACAUCACAAAAGACACUAAAAGAAUCGAAAAAGAAUUUGAAACGAGAUGAUUUAGUGAAUAAUGAAAUUUAUAAGAAAUUUUUGAUGUUUAUCAACAAUGAAAUUGAUCAAUUUGAUUUAAUUAAAAUCAACAAGAGUACUAAAAAGAAAGAAUCUAGUAAAGCUGUUAGUAGUACUUCAAAAUCAUCUAAGGAGAGAAAGAAAUUGAAAGCCAAGAAGUCGUCCAAAGAAAAAGCAACGACAGUGUCAAGGGAGAAGAGUAAGGAGAAAGAUAAAUCUAAGGAAAAGACUAAAGACAAGGGCAAAGAAAAGCCUGAAAAACUGAAAAAUGGAGAAGACGUAUCAAAGGAUAAACUGGUAAAUAAGGAUACAAAAGGACAGGAAGAUGUGAAGUUAAGCAAGAAACUGAAUGGAAGUAAGCUGACAGAUGAAGGUACUAAAGAAAUAAAGAAACGACCAAGAAGAUCUAAGAAGCCGAAAGAUACAUCCGAAAAGACAAAGAAACAAACAGAAUCUAAGAGUGGUACGACUUCUGAUGAGAAAACUGAGGUUGCAAAACCACUGAAGGCAACAAAAUCAAAAGCUAAUAAACCUACAUCUAAAAGCAGUAAACCUGAAUCAAAAGAUGAACAACUGAGCAGCACUCCCCCAAAAAAGCAAUCCAGAAAACCAAAAUCUCAACCUAAAGACAGUCAGCAAACAACUAAAGUUGAAUCUCAACAACUAGGUUUAAAGCCUAUAAAAUUGUUAAAGCGACCAGAGUCGAAAGAGUAA